AUGGUGCUGGCUGGGGGAUGGGCAUCCCCAGCUCGGACCUCCAGCCCCUUACACGCCUUAAAAGGUUUUCGGGGGUCCCGGGCCUCCGAUUACCCGGGCACCGUAAUAGUGCCGCCACGCAGCGAGUCCCGCGGACGGUUGGGGCGUCGGGAGAGGCUCGUCCUCCCUUCGCCUUGCCCGCCACGGCGACUAGCAUGCACUCUUCCUCCGCCGGGGGGUGGUCCCGCUAGAACGCGAGAGCCUUCACGAGAGCCCCCCGGCACGGGGGCACGCCGGACCCCGCCUCGGAAUACGUCCGAGCGGCACCGGCGGCCCCCUCGUCCGAGCAGACUGCCGCCGCAAGCCAGGGGAGAAAGACACCCCCGGCCCCAGCAACAGCCCCCCGCCUCCAGCCCCCCGGACCCCGACCUGAGAAUAAGUCCCAGCGGCUCCGAGAGGCCCCAGACCGCCGAGCCCCGCCUCGGAAACGUCCGAGCGGCCUCGACGGUCUGUCACCUCGUUCGGACAACGAGCCGGCACCCCCAUGCCAGGAUGCACGCCCUUAAAAGGGCGUCACCCCGAGACACAGGGGACACCGACCCGCGAUGUCCGCGGCCAGAUCUGCAUCACUGCAGGCCCGGCCCCCUCACUGUCCGCCCACCCAGCGACCCGCACCACGUACGGUUAUGCCGCCAGGGUCGGACCCUUCCCCGCUGCCGAGACAGGACCACGUCCAGCCCAGCGGCGAGGGAGCCCUCCUCACUGCUCAGACAUGAGCAGCGAUGGCUCACACCACUGCCCCCGACCACCUGCCGGAACACCGGCGUGCAAUGGCGAUCGGUAGCAAAAAUGGUGCAGAGGAGGAGGCAAGGACUCGCCCCCUCCUACACCUCACCGGGUAUCCCCCGAUCCCUGCCGGAACACCGACGUGCAAUGGGACCGGGGAAGAGACAACCUGGUUUCCUGUCGGCGAAUGGACUCGGUUCUGCCUCGACUUACUUGUCGAGGCAGCCGAGCCCGGAGUCGCCGGACUCCAUACCUCCCCCCAUGAACUAG